AGGGAACCGCAGUAGUACGACGGAAGAUGGCGACCAGCGGCGGCGAUGAGGCGGCGGCGCCGGCUCCGGCGCCCGGGGCCCCGGCGGCGGGGUCGAACACAACCCCGGGCUGGGAGGUGGCGGUGCGGCCCCUGCUGUCUGCGUCCUAUUCCGCCUUCGAGAUGAAGGAGUUGCCGCAGCUGGUGGCCUCAGUCAUCGAGAGUGAAUCCGAAAUCCUGCACCACGAGAAGCAGUACGAGCCCUUCUACUCCUCUUUUGUUGCACUUUCCACGCACUAUAUCACAACGGUCUGCAGCCUCAUUCCCCGGAACCAGCUUCAGUCGGUGGCAGCAGCCUGCAAAGUCCUGAUUGAGUUUUCUCUGCUACGUCUGGAGAAUCCAGAUGAGGCUUGCGCUGUGUCCCAGAAACACUUGAUUCUCCUGAUCAAAGGCCUGUGCACCGGCUGCAGCCGACUAGACAGGACCGAGAUUAUCACGUUCACAGCAAUGAUGAAGUCAGCCAAGCUGCCGCAGACGGUGAAGACCCUCUCGGAUGUGGAAGAUCAGAAAGAGCUGGCUUCCCCCGUUAGCCCAGAGCUGAGGCAGAAGGAGGUGCAGAUGAAUUUUUUGAACCAGCUGACAUCAGUUUUCAACCCUAGAACUGUAGCAUCACCGCCCGUCGGUCCACAGACUCCGGCUGAAGGAGACAGUGAUGAGCAGUCAUCCACAGAUCAAGCCUCUGCCAUCAAAACCAAGAAUGUAUUUAUAGCUCAGAAUGUGGCUAGUCUUCAAGAGCUUGGUGGCUCAGAGAAGCUGCUGCGUGUGUGUUUGAACCUGCCGUAUUUCCUGCGCUACAUCAAUCGGUUUCAAGAUGCAGUGUUGGCCAAUUCUUUCUUCAUCAUGCCUGCAACGGUAGCGGAUGCCACUGCUGUUCGCAACGGUUUUCAUUCACUGGUGAUUGAUGUAACCAUGGCAUUGGAUACCCUCUCUUUACCUGUGCUGGAGCCUCUCAACCCUUCUCGUCUGCAGGAUGUGACAGUCCUCAGCCUAAGUUGUCUGUAUGCAGGUGUGAGUGUGGCAACUUGCAUGGCCAUCCUGCAUGUGGGUAGUGCCCAGCAGGUGCGGACGGGGUCCACGAGCUCCAAAGAAGACGACUACGAGAGCGACGCGGCCACGAUCGUCCAGAAAUGUCUUGAAAUCUAUGACAUGAUCGGACAAGCCAUCAGCAACUCCCGCCGGGCCGGUGGAGAGCACUAUCAGAACUUCCAACUGCUGGGCGCCUGGUGUUUGUUAAACAGUCUUUUCCUCAUAUUGAACCUCAGCCCUACUGCCUUGGCUGAUAAGGGGAAAGAGAAAGACCCACUGGCUGCACUCCGAGUCAGAGACAUCCUUUCUCGCACGAAAGAGGGAGUGGGCUCUCCUAAGCUGGGGCCUGGAAAAGGGCACCAGGGGUUCGGGGUGCUCUCAGUUAUACUGGCAAACCACGCCGUCACCCUCUUAACCUCUCUCUUUCAAGACCUGCAAGUGGAAGCACUGCACAAGGGCUGGGAGACAGAUGGCCCCCCUGCCGUCCUGAGCAUCAUGGCCCAGAGCACCUCCAUCCAGAGGAUUCAGCGGCUGAUCGACUCUGUCCCACUGACAAACCUGCUGUUGACACUACUGUCCACUUCCUACAGGAAGGCCUGUGUCCUGCAGCGCCAGAGGAAGGGCUCCAUGAGCAGCGAUGCCAGUGCCUCCACGGACUCAAACACCUACUACGAGGAUGAUUUCAGCAGCACGGAGGAGGACAGCAGCCAAGAUGAUGACAGUGAGCCUAUUUUGGGGCAGUGGUUUGAGGAGACCAUCUCCCCCAGUAAAGAGAAAGUGGCGCCUCCGCCUCCUCCCCCGCCCCCUCCGCUGGAGAGCUCACCUCGAGUUAAAAGCCCCAGUAAACAGGCCCCUGGUGAGAAGGGCAACAUUUUGGCAAGUCGCAAAGAUCCUGAGUUGUUCUUAGGUCUGGCUUCCAACAUUUUGAACUUCAUUACGUCUUCCAUGCUGAACUCACGGAACAAUUUUAUCCGAAACUACCUGAGUGUGUCUCUGUCAGAGCACCACAUGGCCACCCUGGCCAGUAUCAUUAAGGAGGUGGACAAAGAUGGACUCAAGGGUUCAUCAGAUGAAGAGUUUGCUGCUGCUCUCUAUCACUUCAACCAUUCUCUGGUAACUUCUGACCUUCAGUCGCCCAACCUGCAGAACACGCUGUUGCAGCAGCUGGGAGUAGCUCCUUUCUCGGAGGGCCCCUGGCCCUUGUACAUCCACCCUCAAAGCCUCUCUGUGCUUUCCCGCCUUCUGCUCAUCUGGCAACACAAAGCCGGUGCUCAAGGUGAUCCGGAUGUCCCUGAAUGCCUGAAAGUGUGGGACAGGUUCUUGUCGACGAUGAAGCAGAGUGCCCUGCAGGGGGUGGUGCCCAGUGAGACGGAAGAUCUGAACGUGGAGCACCUGCAGCUGCUGCUGCUCAUUUUCCACAACUUCACCGAGAAAGGCCGGCGGGCCAUCCUGACCCUCUUCGUGCAGAUCAUCCAGGAGUUGAGUGCCAGCAUGGCUGCACAGGCGCGCUCGGUGCCCCUCAUCCUGGCCCGCCUCCUUCUGAUCUUUGAUUAUCUGCUUCAUCAGUACUCCAAAGCCCCCGUGUAUCUGUUUGAGCAGGUGCAGCAUAACUUGCUGAGUCCUCCUUUUGGGUGGGCAAGUGGAUCCCAGGACAGCAGCAGCCGCCGGGCGACCGCCCCUCUUUAUCAUGGGUUCAAAGAAGUAGAAGAAAACUGGUCUAAGCAUUUUUCAUCAGAUGCUGUCCCGCAGCCCAGAUUCUACUGUGUCCUGUCCCCAGAAGCCUCAGAGGAUGAUUUGAACCGACUCGAUUCUGUGGCAUGCGAUGUUCUUUUCUCCAAGCUUAUCAAAUAUGAUGAGCUUUACACGGCACUGACGUCCCUGCUCGCGGCUGGAUCCCAGCUUGAUACAGUCAGGAGAAAGGAAAACAAGAACGUAACGGCCCUGGAGGCCUGUGCCCUUCAGUAUUACUUCCUGAUACUGUGGAGGAUCCUGGGGAUUUUGCCGCCAUCAAAGACUUACAUGAACCAGCUGGCCAUGAACUCUCCUGACAUGAGUGAAUGUGACAUCUUACACACCCUGCGCUGGUCUUCCCGCCUCCGCAUCAGCUCCUACGUCAGCUGGAUAAAGGACCACCUCAUCAAACAGGGCAUGAAGGCUGAACAUGCCAGUUCUCUCUUAGAACUGGCCUCCACCAAGUGCAGUUCAGUGAAGUAUGACGUUGAAAUUGUAGAGGAAUACUUUGCUCGACAGAUCUCAUCAUUCUGUAGCAUCGACUGUACUACCGUCUUGCAACUCCACGAAAUUCCAAGUCUGCAGUCCGUCUACACCCUUGAUGCUGCCAUCUCGAAGGUCCAGGUCUCUCUGGAUGAGCAUUUUUCUAAGAUGGCCGCCGAGACUGAUCCUCAUAAGUCGUCUGAGAUCACCAAGAACCUGCUUCCAGCCACGCUGCAACUCAUCGACACCUAUGCGUCGUUCACUAGAGCCUAUUUGCUACAGAACUUUAACGAAGAAGGAGCCACUGAAAAACCUUCCCAGGAGAAAUUGCAUGGCUUUGCUGCUGUUUUGGCUAUUGGCUCUAGUAGGUGCAAGGCCAACACUCUGGGUCCCACACUGGUACAGAAUUUACCAUCCUGGGUGCAGGCUGUGUGUGAAUCUUGGAACAACAUCAACACCAACGAGUUUCCCAAUAUUGGCUCCUGGCGCAAUGCCUUUGCUAAUGACACGAUCCCUUCAGAGAGUUACAUCAGUGCUGUGCAGGCUGCUCACCUGGGGACGCUCUGCGGCCAGAGUCUGCCCCUGGCUGCUUCCCUGAAGCACACCCUGCUCUCCCUGGUCCGGCUGACCGGAGAUCUCAUUGUUUGGUCCGACGAGAUGAACCCGCCACAAGUAAUCCGGACCCUGCUGCCCCUUCUCCUGGAGUCCAGCACUGAGAGCGUCGCCGAGAUCAGUAGUAACUCCCUGGAGCGUAUCCUGGGCCCUGCAGAGUCUGAUGAGUUCUUGGCUCGAGUGUACGAGAAGCUGAUCACCGGUUGUUACAAUAUUCUGGCCAACCAUGCAGAUCCCAACAGUGGCCUGGAUGAAUCCAUCUUGGAGGAAUGUCUCCAGUAUUUGGAAAAGCAGCUGGAAGGCAACCAGGCCCGUAAAGCUAUGGAGGAGUUUUUCUCUGACAGUGGGGAACUGGUGCAGAUCAUGAUGGCAACAGCCAAUGAGAACCUGUCUGCUAAAUUCUGUAACCGAGUUCUGAGAUUCUUCACCAAACUCUUCCAGCUGACCGAGAAGAACCCGAACCCGAGCCUUCUGCACCUCUGCGGCUCCCUCGCACAGCUGGCCUGCGUGGAGCCUGCGCGUCUCCAGGCCUGGCUCACCCGCAUGACGAUGUCACCCCCCAAGGAUUCCGAUCAGCUGGAUGUGAUUCAGGAGAACCGGCAGCUGCUGCAGUUACUGACUACGUACAUCGUGCGGGAGAACAGCCAAGUUGGGGAAGGUGUAUGUGCUGUGCUUCUGAGCACCCUGAUCCCCAUGGCGACAGAGAUGUUGGCCAAUGGUGAUGGGACUGGUUUCCCUGAACUCAUGGUCGUGAUGGCCACCCUGGCCAGUGCGGGUCAAGGUGCUGGCCAUCUUCAGCUCCAUAAUGCUGCUGUGGACUGGCUGAGUAGAUGCAAGAAAUACCUAUCACAGAAGAAUGUGGUUGAAAAACUGAAUGCCAAUGUGAUGCAUGGAAAGCAUGUGAUAGUCCUGGAGUGCACAUGCCACAUUAUGUCUUACUUGGCUGAUGUCACCAAUGCCCUGAGCCAGAGUAAUGGUCAAGGCCCAAGUCACCUCUCGGUGGAUGGGGAGGAGCGAGCCAUUGAGGUGGAUUCAGACUGGGUGGAGGAGUUGGCAGUGGAAGAGGAGGACUCCCAGGCUGAGGAUUCUGAUGAAGAUUCUCUUUGCAACAAACUCUGUACUUUCACGAUCACUCAGAAAGAAUUCAUGAACCAGCAUUGGUACCACUGUCACACCUGCAAGAUGGUAGAUGGGGUGGGGGUGUGCACAGUGUGUGCCAAGGUGUGCCAUAAGGAUCACGAGAUCUCCUACGCCAAGUAUGGGUCCUUCUUCUGUGACUGUGGGGCCAAGGAAGAUGGCAGCUGUUUGGCGCUGGUGAAGCGGACUCCCAGCAGUGGCAUGAGCUCCACCAUGAAGGAGUCCGCGUUUCAGAGCGAGCCCAGGGUUUCAGAGAGCCUGGUGCGCCACACCAGCACCUCCCCGGCUGACAAGGCCAAAGUCACCAUCAGCGACGGGAAGGCUGCCGACGAGGAGAAGCCCAAGAAGAGCAGCCUGUGCCGCACGGUGGAGGGCUGCCGGGAGGAGCUGCAGAACCAGGCCAAUUUCUCCUUCGCUCCUCUCGUGUUAGACAUGCUCAGUUUCCUCAUGGAUGCCAUUCAGACCAACUUUCAGCAGGCUUCAGCGGUGGGGAGCAGCAGCCGGGCUCAGCAGGCCCUCCGGGAGCUGCACACAGUGGACAAGGUUGUAGAGAUGACAGACCAGCUGAUGGUUCCCACCUUAGGCUCCCAGGAAGGGGCCUUUGAGAACGUUCGGAUGAAUUACAGUGGAGACCAGGGCCAGACUAUUCGGCAGCUCAUCAGCGCCCACGUGCUCCGGCGGGUGGCUAUGUGUGUGCUCUCCUCCCCGCACGGGCGCCGCCAGCAUUUGGCCGUCAGCCACGAGAAGGGCAAGAUCACUGUUCUGCAGCUCUCUGCACUCCUGAAGCAAGCAGAUUCCAGCAAAAGGAAGUUGACUCUGACCCGCCUGGCUUCUGCCCCCGUCCCCUUUACUGUGCUGAGCCUCACGGGCAAUCCCUGCAAGGAGGACUACCUUGCCGUUUGUGGGCUCAAGGACUGCCACGUGCUGACGUUCAGUAGCUCAGGCUCUGUUUCGGAUCACUUGGUGCUACAUCCCCAGUUGGCAACUGGCAACUUCAUCAUUAAGGCUGUGUGGUUACCUGGAUCACAGACCGAGUUGGCGAUCGUCACUGCGGACUUUGUCAAGAUUUAUGACCUGUCUGUUGAUGCCUUGAGCCCCACCUUCUACUUUCUCCUGCCGAGCUCCAAGAUAAGAGAUGUUACCUUCCUCUUCAAUGAAGAGGGGAAGAACAUCAUUGUUAUAAUGUCUUCAGCUGGUUACAUCUAUACCCAGCUCAUGGAAGAGGCCAGUAGUGCCCAGCAGGGACCUUUCUACGUCACCAAUGUGCUGGAAAUCAACCACGAGGACCUGAAGGACAGCAACAGCCAGGUGGCAGGUGGCGGUGUGUCCGUCUACUACUCGCAUGUGCUCCAGAUGUUGUUCUUCAGCUACUGUCAGGGCAAGUCGUUCGCAGCCACCAUCAGCAGGACGACUCUGGAGGUGUUGCAGCUCUUCUCCAUCAACAUCAAAAGUUCCAAUGGUGGCAGUAAGACGUCCCCUGCCCUCUGCCAGUGGUCCGAGGUGAUGAACCACCCUGGCUUGGUGUGUUGUGUCCAGCAAACCACCGGUGUGCCCCUGGUGAUUAUGGUGAAGCCAGACACGUUCCUAAUCCAAGAGAUCAAGACUCUUCCUGCUAAAGCAAAGAUCCAGGACAUGGUUGCCAUUCGGCACACGGCCUGCAACGAGCAGCAGCGGACCACGAUGAUCCUGCUGUGUGAGGACGGCAGCCUGCGCAUUUACAUGGCCAACGUGGAGAACACCUCCUACUGGCUCCAGCCGUCCCUGCAGCCCAGCAGCGUCGUCAGCAUCAUGAAGCCUGUGCGAAAGCGCAAGACGGCUACCAUCACAGCCCGCACGUCCAGCCAGGUGACCUUCCCCAUCGACUUCUUUGAACACAACCAGCAGCUGACAGAUGUGGAGUUUGGUGGUAAUGACCUCCUACAGGUCUACAAUGCACAGCAGAUCAAGCACCGGCUGAAUUCCACCGGCAUGUAUGUGGCCAACACCAAGCCCGGUGGCUUUACCAUUGAGAUCAGCAACAACAAUAGCACUAUGGUGAUGACAGGCAUGCGGAUCCAGAUCGGGACCCAGGCCGUCGAGCGGGCCCCGUCGUACAUUGAGAUUUUCGGCAGAACCAUGCAGCUCAACCUGAGUCGCUCGCGCUGGUUUGACUUCCCCUUCACCAGGGAGGAAGCGCUGCAGGCCGACAAGAAGCUGAGCCUCUUCAUUGGGGCCUCGGUGGAUCCAGCAGGCGUCACCAUGAUCGAUGCUGUAAAAAUUUACGGCAAGACAAAGGAGCAGUUCGGCUGGCCUGACGAGCCCCCGGAGGAGUUCCCUUCUGCCUCUGUCAGCAGCAUCUGCCCCUCCAGCCUGAGCCAGACAAAUGGCACUGGAGACAGCGACUCCGCGGCCCCUGCCGCCACCAGUGGGACCGUCCUGGAGAGUUCUGAAACUGAGUCCCUAACCAAGCUGGACCGGCUGGUUGUGAGUUCUUUAGAAGCCCUGGAAAGCUGCUUUGCUGUUGGCCCAAUCAUCGAGAAGGAGAGAAACAAGAACGCAGCCCAGGAGCUUGCCACAUUGUUGCUGUCCCUGCCGGCCCCCGCCAGUGUGCAGCAGCAGUCCAAGAGCCUCCUGGCCAGCCUGCACACCAGCCGCUCGGCCUAUCACAGCCACAAGGAUCAGGCCUUGCUGAGCAAAGCUGUGCAGUGUCUCAACACAUCCAGCAAAGAAGGCAAGGACUUGGAUCCUGAGGUCUUCCAGAGGCUGGUGAUCACAGCUCGCUCCAUUGCCAUCAUGCGCCCUAACAACCUAGUCCACUUUACGGAGUCAAAGCUGCCCCCGAUGGAAACAGAAGGUGCAGAAGACGGGAGAGAGCCUCAGAAGCAGCUGGAAGGAGGCUGUGGCUUCCUCACCCAGCUGCUGAGCCACUUCUGGAGACUCCAUGCGUCCAAACCCAGGAAUGCCUUCCUGGCGCCUGCCUGCCUGCCAGGCCUGACUCACAUCGAAGCUACCGUCAAUGCCCUGGUGGACAUUAUCCACGGCUACUGCACGUGUGAGCUGGACUGCAUUCACACGGCGUCCAAGGUCUACAUGCAGAUGCUGCUGUGUCCCGAUCCUGCCGUGAGCUUCUCUUGUAAACAAGCUCUGAUUCGAGUCCUAAGGCCCAGGAACAAGCGGAGACAUGUGACACUGCCAUCCUCCCCUCGAAGCAACACUCCAAUGGGAGACAAAGAUGACGAUGAUGACGAUGACGCAGAUGAGAAAAUGCAGUCAUCAGGGAUUCCGAAUGCGGGUCACAUUCGUCAGGAGAGCCAGGAACAGAGUGAGGUGGACCAUGGAGAUUUUGAGAUGGUGUCCGAGUCGAUGGUCCUGGAGACGGCUGAAAACGUCAACAAUGGCAACCCCUCUCCCCUGGAGGCCCUGCUGGCAGGCGCAGAGGGCUUCCCCCCUAUGCUGGACAUCCCGCCUGAUGCGGACGACGAGACCAUGGUUGAACUGGCCAUUGCCCUGAGCCUGCAGCAGGACCAACAAGGCAGCAGCAGCAGUGCCCUGGGCCUGCAGAGCCUAGGGCUGUCCGGCCAGGCACCCAGCUCUUCCUCUCUGGACGCAGGAACCCUCUCUGACACCACAGCAUCAGCUCCAGCCUCGGACGACGAGGGCAGCACGGCAGCGACAGACGGCUCCACCCUGCGGACCUCCCCUGCUGAGCAUGGCGGGAGCGUGGGCUCGGAGAGCGGGGGGAGCGCCGUGGACUCGGUGGCUGGCGAGCACAGUGUAUCUGGUCGGAGCAGUGCUUAUGGUGACACCACGGUGGAGGGGCACCCAGCCGGGCCCGGAAGUGUCAGCUCGAGCACUGGUGCCAUCAGCACCACCACUGGACACCAGGAAGGAGAUGGCUCUGAGGGAGAAGGAGAAGCGGAAGGAGAAGGCGAUGUCCAUACUAGCAACAGGCUGCACAUGGUCCGUCUGAUGCUGUUGGAGAGACUCCUGCAGACCUUGCCCCAGUUACGAAAUGUCGGAGGCGUCCGGGCCAUCCCAUACAUGCAGGUCAUUCUGAUGCUCACUACAGAUCUGGAUGGAGAGGAUGAGAAAGACAAGGGAGCCCUGGACAACCUGCUGUCCCAGCUAAUCGCUGAACUGGGCAUGGACAAAAAGGACGUCUCCAGGAAGAACAAGCGCAGUGCCCUGAAUGAGGUCCAUCUAGUAGUGAUGAGACUCCUGAGUGUCUUCAUGUCCCGGACCAAAUCCGGAUCCAAGUCUUCCAUAUGUGAGUCCUCGUCCCUCAUCUCCAGCGCCACGGCCGCAGCCCUGCUGAGCUCUGGCGCCGUGGACUACUGCCUGCACGUGCUCAGGUCCCUGCUGGAGUACUGGCGGGGCCAGCAGAGCGACGAGGAGCCCGUGGCCGCCAGCCAGCUGCUGAAGCCGCACACGACGUCCUCCCCGCCUGACAUGAGCCCGUUCUUCCUUCGCCAGUACGUGAAGGGCCAUGCCGCCGAUGUGUUUGAGGCCUACACUCAGCUCCUAACGGAGAUGGUCCUGCGGCUUCCUUACCAAAUCAAGAAGAUCGCUGACGCCAACUCUCGAAUCCCCCCUCCUGUCUUUGAUCAUUCAUGGUUUUACUUUCUCUCAGAGUACCUGAUGAUCCAGCAGACUCCGUUUGUGCGUCGUCAAGUCCGCAAGCUUCUGCUCUUCAUCUGCGGAUCAAAGGAGAAGUACCGCCAGCUCCGGGACCUGCACACCCUGGACUCCCACGUGCGUGGGAUCAAGAAGCUGCUGGAGGAACAGGGCAUCUUCCUCCGAGCGAGCGUGGUGACAGCCAGCUCAGGCUCCGCGCUGCAGUACGACACGCUCAUCAGCCUGAUGGAGCACCUGAAAGCCUGUGCAGAGAUUGCUGCCCAGCGGACCGUCAACUGGCAGAAGUUCUGCAUCAAAGACGACUCUGUCCUCUACUUCCUCCUCCAAGUGAGCUUCCUGGUGGACGAGGGGGUGUCUCCGGUGCUGCUGCAGCUGCUCUCCUGUGCCCUGUGCGGCAGCAAAGUCCUCGCCGCCCUGGCGGCCUCCGCGGGCUCCUCUGGCACCGCCGCUGCCGCCUCAGCCCCUGCGGCUGCCGCCUCUGGGCAAGCCACGACACAGUCCAAGUCAUCCACGAAGAAGAGCAAGAAGGAAGAAAAGGAAAAGGAGAAAGAGGGUGAGAGCUCGGGCAGCCAGGAGGACCAGCUGUGCACAGCUCUGGUGAACCAGCUGAACAAAUUCGCAGAUAAGGAGACCUUGGUCCAGUUCCUGCGCUGCUUCCUGUUAGAGUCCAACUCUUCCUCCGUGCGCUGGCAGGCGCACUGUCUGACGCUGCACAUCUACAGAAACUCCAGCAAAUCUCAACAGGAGCUCCUGCUGGAUCUGAUGUGGUCCAUAUGGCCAGAACUCCCGGCCUAUGGUCGCAAGGCUGCCCAGUUUGUGGACCUGCUGGGGUAUUUCUCCUUGAAAACCCCGCAAACGGAGAAGAAGUUGAAGGAGUACUCACAGAAGGCUGUGGAGAUUCUGCGGACUCAGAACCACAUUCUUACCAACCACCCCAACUCCAACAUUUACAGCACCUUGUCUGGCUUAGUGGAGUUUGACGGCUACUACCUGGAGAGCGACCCCUGCUUGGUGUGCAACAACCCAGAGGUGCCGUUCUGCUAUAUCAAGCUGUCUUCCAUCAAAGUGGACACGCGGUACACCACCACCCAGCAGGUCGUGAAGCUCAUUGGCAGUCACACCAUCAGCAAGGUGACGGUGAAAAUCGGAGAUCUGAAACGGACAAAGAUGGUGCGGACCGUCAACCUCUAUUACAACAACCGGACGGUGCAGGCCAUCGUGGAAUUGAAAAACAAGCCGGCUCGCUGGCACAAAGCCAAGAAGGUCCAGCUCACCCCCGGGCAGACAGAGGUGAAGAUCGACCUGCCCUUGCCCAUCGUGGCCUCCAACCUGAUGAUCGAGUUUGCAGACUUCUAUGAAAACUACCAGGCUUCCACAGAGACCCUGCAGUGCCCACGCUGCAGCGCCUCUGUCCCUGCCAACCCCGGGGUCUGCGGCAACUGUGGAGAGAACGUGUACCAGUGUCACAAGUGCAGGUCCAUCAACUAUGACGAGAAGGAUCCCUUCCUCUGCAACGCCUGUGGUUUCUGCAAGUACGCGCGCUUCGACUUCAUGCUCUACGCCAAGCCCUGCUGUGCGGUGGAUCCCAUUGAGAAUGAGGAAGACCGGAAAAAGGCCGUUUCCAACAUCAAUACGCUCCUGGACAAAGCUGACCGAGUCUACCACCAGCUGAUGGGACACCGGCCACAGCUGGAGAACCUGCUCUGCAAAGUGAACGAGGCGGCCCCCGAGAAGCCGCAGGAUGACUCGGGGACGGCCGGGGGCAUCAGCUCUACUUCUGCCAGCGUCAAUCGGUACAUCCUGCAGCUGGCCCAGGAGUAUUGUGGAGACUGCAAGAACUCUUUUGACGAGCUCUCCAAAAUCAUCCAGAAAGUCUUCGCUUCACGCAAAGAGUUGUUGGAAUAUGACCUGCAGCAGAGGGAAGCAGCCACCAAGUCGUCCCGAACCUCUGUGCAGCCCACGUUCACUGCCAGCCAGUACCGCGCCCUGUCCGUCCUGGGCUGUGGCCACACAUCGUCCACCAAGUGCUACGGCUGUGCCUCGGCCGUCACAGAACAUUGUAUCACGCUGCUCCGGGCCCUGGCCACCAACCCGGCCCUGCGGCACAUCCUCGUGUCCCAGGGCCUCAUCCGGGAGCUCUUCGAUUACAAUCUUCGCCGAGGCUCUGCGGCCAUGCGGGAGGAGGUCCGCCAGCUCAUGUGCCUGCUGACUCGAGACAAUCCGGAAGCCACCCAGCAAAUGAAUGACCUGAUCAUCAGCAAAGUGUCCACUGCCCUGAAGGGCCACUGGGCCAAUCCCGAUCUGGCAAGCAGCUUGCAGUAUGAGAUGCUGUUGCUGACAGACUCCAUCUCGAAGGAGGAUGGCUGCUGGGAGCUGCGUCUGCGCUGCGCCCUCAGCCUUUUCCUCAUGGCGGUGAACAUCAAGACCCCCGUGGUUGUGGAGAACAUCACCCUCAUGUGCCUGCGGAUCCUGCAGAAGCUCAUCAAACCGCCUGCUCCGACCAGCAAGAAGAACAAGGAUGUCCCUGUUGAGGCCCUCACCACGGUUAAGCCAUACUGCAAUGAGAUCCAUGCCCAGGCUCAGCUGUGGCUCAAGAGGGACCCCAAAGCCUCCUAUGAAGCCUGGAAGAAGUGUCUUCCUAUCAGAGUCCCCCCCUUUUGUCAUUUCCUUUUUCUUAUCCCUCUCUGCAACCCCCACCUGCCAGGGAUAGAUGGCAAUGGGAAGUCCCCCAGCAAGUCGGAGCUCCGCCACCUCUAUUUGACGGAGAAGUAUGUGUGGAGGUGGAAGCAGUUCCUGAGCCGUCGAGGGAAGAGGACCCCACCCUUGGACCUCAAACUGGGCCAUAACAACUGGCUGCGGCAAGUGCUGUUCACUCCGGCGACGCAGGCCGCACGGCAGGCAGCCUGCACCAUCGUGGAAGCUCUGGCCACCGUCCCCAGCCGCAAGCAGCAGGUCCUGGACCUCCUCACCAGCUACCUGGACGAGCUGAGCGUAGCGGGCGAGUGUGCCGCCGAGUACUUGGCUCUCUACCAGAAGCUCAUCUCUUCAGCCCACUGGAAAGUCUACCUGGCUGCGCGGGGCGUCCUGCCCUACGUGGGCAACCUCAUCACCAAGGAAAUCGCCCGUCUGCUGGCCCUGGAGGAGGCCACCCUGAGCACGGACCUGCAGCAGGGCUACGCUCUCAAAAGUCUCACAGGCCUUCUUUCCUCCUUUGUUGAGGUGGAGUCCAUCAAAAGACACUUUAAAAGUCGCUUGGUGGGCACUGUGCUGAAUGGGUACCUGUGCUUGCGGAAGCUGGUGGUGCAGAGGACCAAGCUGAUUGAUGAGACCCAGGACAUGCUGCUGGAGAUGCUGGAGGACAUGACCACAGGUACAGAGUCGGAAACCAAGGCCUUCAUGGCUGUGUGCAUUGAGACAGCCAAGCGCUACAACCUGGAUGACUACCGGACCCCCGUGUUCAUCUUUGAGAGGCUCUGCAGCAUCAUUUAUCCCGAGGAGAAUGAAGUCACCGAAUUCUUUGUGACCUUGGAGAAGGACCCCCAACAAGAAGACUUCUUACAGGGCAGGAUGCCCGGGAACCCAUACAGCAGCAACGAGCCAGGCAUUGGGCCGCUUAUGAGGGAUAUAAAGAACAAGAUUUGCCAGGACUGUGACUUGGUGGCUCUCCUGGAGGACGACAGUGGGAUGGAGCUUCUAGUGAACAAUAAGAUCAUCAGUUUGGAUCUCCCCGUGGCCGAGGUUUACAAGAAGGUCUGGUGCACCACGAAUGAGGGGGAGCCCAUGAGGAUUGUCUACCGCAUGCGGGGGCUGCUGGGUGAUGCCACCGAGGAGUUCAUUGAGUCCUUGGACUCCACCACAGAUGAAGAAGAAGAUGAAGAAGAAGUGUAUAAGAUGGCUGGGGUCAUGGCGCAGUGUGGGGGCCUGGAGUGCAUGCUCAACAGACUGGCAGGCAUCAAAGACUUCAAGCAGGGACGCCACCUUCUCACUGUGCUCCUGAAAUUGUUCAGUUACUGUGUGAAGGUGAAAGUCAACCGACAGCAGCUGGUCAAGCUGGAAAUGAACACCCUGAAUGUCAUGCUGGGGACCCUAAACCUGGCCCUGGUAGCUGAGCAAGAAAGCAAGGACAGUGGCGGUGCAGCUGUGGCCGAGCAGGUGCUUAGUAUCAUGGAGAUCAUUCUGGAUGAAUCCAAUGCCGAACCCCUGAGUGAGGACAAGGGCAACCUCCUCCUGACGGGCGACAAGGAUCAGCUCGUGAUGCUCCUGGACCAGAUCAACAGCACGUUUGUUCGCUCCAACCCGAGCGUGCUCCAGGGUCUGCUCCGCAUCAUCCCGUACCUUUCCUUCGGUGAGGUGGAGAAGAUGCAGAUCUUGGUGGAGCGUUUCAAGCCCUACUGCAGCUUUGACAAGUACGACGAAGACCACAGCGGCGACGACAAAGUCUUCCUGGACUGCUUCUGUAAGAUCGCGGCCGGCAUCAAGAACAGCAGCAACGGGCACCAGCUGAAGGACCUGAUCCUCCAGAAGGGGAUCACGCAGAGCGCGCUGGACUACAUGAAGAAGCACAUCCCCAGCGCCAAGAAUCUGGAUGCAGACAUCUGGAAGAAGUUCUUAUCUCGGCCAGCCCUGCCGUUUAUCCUAAGGCUUCUCCGGGGGCUGGCUGUCCAGCACCCUGCCACGCAGGUUCUGAUCGGAACGGACUCCAUCACGAACCUACAUAAACUGGAGCAGGUGUCCAGUGAUGAGGGCAUUGGGACCCUGGCAGAGAACCUGCUGGAGGCAUUGCGGGAACACCCUGAUGUAAACAAGAAGAUCGAUGCUGCCCGCAGGGAGACCCGUGCGGAGAAGAAGCGCAUGGCCAUGGCAAUGAGGCAAAAGGCUCUGGGCACCCUGGGCAUGACGACAAACGAGAAGGGCCAGGUUGUGACCAAGACGGCGCUCCUGAAGCAGAUGGAGGAGCUAAUAGAGGAGCCGGGUCUCACGUGCUGCAUCUGCAGGGAGGGGUACAAGUUCCAGCCCACGAAAGUCCUGGGCAUUUAUACCUUCACCAAGCGGGUAGCCUUGGAAGAGAUGGAGAAUAAGCCCCGGAAGCAGCAGGGCUACAGCACCGUGUCCCACUUCAACAUCGUCCACUAUGACUGCCACCUGGCUGCUGUCAGGCUGGCUCGCGGCCGGGAAGAGUGGGAAAGCGCAGCCCUUCAGAACGCCAACACGAAGUGCAAUGGGCUCCUUCCGGUCUGGGGGCCCCACGUCCCCGAAUCAGCUUUUGCCACCUGCCUGGCAAGGCACAACACUUACCUCCAGGAGUGCACGGGCCAGCGGGAGCCCACCUACCAGCUCAACAUCCACGACAUCAAGCUGCUCUUCCUGCGCUUCGCCAUGGAGCAGUCGUUCAGCGCGGACACCGGCGGGGGCGGCCGGGAGAGCAACAUCCACCUGAUCCCGUACAUCGUCCACACUGUGCUUUACGUCCUGAACACAACCCGAGCAACUUCCCGAGAGGAGAAGAAUCUCCAGGGCUUUCUGGAGCAGCCCAAGGAGAAGUGGGUGGAGAGUGCCUUUGAAGUGGACGGGCCCCACUAUUUCACAGUCCUGGCCCUCCACAUCCUGCCCCCCGAGAAGUGGAGAGCCACGCGUGUGGAGAUCCUGCGGAGGCUGCUGGUGACCUCUCAGGCCCGGGCAGUGGCUCCGGGGGGAGCCACCAGGCUGACCGACAAGGCCAUGAAGGACUACUCUGCUUAUCGCUCUUCCCUUCUCUUCUGGGCCCUCGUCGAUCUCAUUUACAACAUGUUUAAGAAGGUGCCUACUAGCAACACGGAGGGAGGCUGGUCCUGCUCUCUCGCGGAGUACAUCCGCCACAACGACAUGCCCAUCCACGAAGCUGCUGACAAAGCCCUGAAGACCUUCCAGGAGGAGUUCAUGCCAGUGGAGACCUUCUCGGAGUUCCUCGACGUGGCUGGUCUGUUAUCAGAAAUCACUGAUCCUGAGAGCUUCCUAAAGGACCUGUUGAACUCCAUCCCCUGAACAUCACACGGAAACUGCAGUUGGCAGAGACUGAAGCGAGCUUGCCUUCCAUCCUCCGUGUUCUUCCCUCGUGUGAAUCAACACCCCCCCCCCGCCCCCCACGACACGCGCGGCACCAUUCCUCCCCCCCAUGUCUUCUCGGAGUGGCUUGGGGAUCUUAGGCUUCCUGUUUUGUCUUGUGUGUGUGGUGCACUAGCUAUGAAGUUGUCCGUAAGCCAGGCCGUGGAGGGCCCGUGCGUACCAGGAGCCGCGCGCUGUCCUGGCCGACUCCGCACGUGCGCGUGCACAUCGUGACAAAUAAACGAGUGACUGAGCACACACUGAAA